UGCUAUGUUUUCGCUGUCGCUCAUCCUGUUCUAGCCACUGCAGAAGAGGGCGUGGCCUCCACGAUGAUGUAAUCGGAGUAAACAGAAAAGAUGGCGACGCCUUGUAGCGUAGAACGGGCUUGGGGAGCCAAUUCUGUUAUAUCCGAAACAUAUAUAAAAAGACUAACUGAUUUACCGACCGAAUUAUUAGAGUAUAUAUUGUGCUUCCCGAUCCUAAACCAUAUCGACAUUUCUAACGUCUCCUGCUGCUGCAAGCGACUACAUGACGUGUGUCACGGCAGUGGAAAGGUUUGGGGACACCAGUACAAACUCAGGUGGCCUAGGCUACAGAAACUUUAUCGGCAGAAUGAAUCUUAUGAUUGGCUAAAAGAAUUCAAGACAAGGCAUAUGGUUUGCCUACAGAUCCAAAGAACAGUUGUGUCUAUCUCCAAAAGAUUCUUCGCUGAAGUUCCUUGCAUUGGCCAGGUUUUGGGGGACAGCUUUGCUGAGAUUGAAUCCCUUGGUGCCCCCGAACACUUUUGUGAAGAUGAGCUCCUCUCCAUUCUCAACUCAGACAGAAGGAAGAGAUUGACGCUGAAGUACUAUGCAAAGAAAAUCCUAUACUUCCUUCGCCAACAGAAAGUCUUAAGGUCUCUGAAGGCUUUUCUGGAGCGUCCUCCAGAAGAGCAGUUGGCCUUGGAAGGUGCCGUACUGGUUGAUCAGUACUGUAACCCACUGGCUGAUGUCACCCUCGAAAGUAUAUCUGUCCAAAUAGAUGACAUAACCGACAAGGUAAAAAAAUAUCUACGGGUGAAAAACGCCUCUCAUCCAAGCUUGCGAACAGGCCAAGGUCACGGCUUAGUGGAGGACCUUGAACUUCAGAGGCAGGUCAUCUGUGCUCUUAAUGCUGUUCUGUAUGACCAGCUUCAAUACAAGGGCAACGAAUGUGACUACUACAACCCACUCAACUCUUACAUACAUCAGGUGGUGCUUCGGAGGACUGGCAUUCCUAUCAGCCUCUCUGUAUUGUAUAUGACACUGGCCAGGAAGCUGGGAGUACUCCUGGAGCCUGUCAACUUCCCCAACCAUUUCCUGCUACGCUGGUGUCAGCGCCAGACUAGGAGUGAUGAUAUUUACGACUACAUCUACGUUGACGCGUUCGGGAAAGGCAAGCAGCUGACGGCGAGGGAGUGCGAAUACCUGAUCCGACAGCAGGUGACGGCCGAGUACUAUGGCUCCAUCAGCACCACAGAGCUGCUCCUUCGUAUGGUGGGCAACUUGCUCAACAUCGGCAAGAGAGGGGAAGGCAACGAGAAGUCAUACCAGCUUCUGCGGGACUCGCUGGACCUCUACCUCACCAUCGACCCUGAUAACGUGCAAUACCUGCUGCUGCAGGCGCGCCUCUACUUCCACCUGGGCAUCUGGCCUGAGAAGGUGCUGGACAUAUUGCAGCACAUCCAGGCAUUGGACCCCUCGCAGCACGGCGCUGUGGGCUAUCUGGUGCAACACACGCUGGAGCACAUCCAGCACAAGAGGCACCCCAUGGAGCCCGAUGUCAAGAGACGCAGUGCGCCCGAGCACAGCCAAGUGCAAUACUCAGUGGGCCUUAUCAUGAAACACAAGAGGUCUGGCUAUAACUGCGUUAUUUAUGGAUGGGACCCCAAAUGCAUGAUGAGCCAAGAAUGGAUCACCACCAUGCGAGUCCAUCAGCUGACCAGCGGUGCCAACCAGCCUUUCUACAACGUUCUGGUGCAGGAUGGCACCUGCCGUUAUGCUGCACAGGAGAACCUGGAGCCCCAUUCGGCCCCGCUGGAAAUUGCACACCCCGAGGUCGGCCGCUACUUCUCCGAGUUCGCUGGCACACACUACGUCUCCAACGAGGAGCUCCAGACCCGAUACCCAGAGGACAUGGUGGAGACCCAGAGCACCGUGCAGGAACUUUACGAAGCGCACCUCCUCAGCUCGGGGCACCUUGCAGAGCCGAGCGCUGACCACCAAACCGUGGGCCCAUAGGCCCAGAACCGGACCCUCUCCCUCAACCCUUUCAUCACAAAUGUGCCCCCCCUCGUCCACACCAGCCACCUGCUCACGCCAUGCUGGGAGAAGUUGCCCUGUGCUGCUGAUCUGAGAACAGAGCUCUCGAGGCAGGUUUCAUCUUUCUCAUAGACGUUUAGUCUUGAUUUCACAAAAGCUUUUGAUGGAGGAGCAGUCUUUCAUUCUCACUACAUUAUGGACCAGCACCUGACAGAAAGGCAAGGUUGCACACUGAUUGGAAAGUCUGAUCUACACUAAGAGGCAUUGCUAUUCCUAGAAAGCGGCUGAGUGGGAGCGCAGUUCCCCAUGCAUGAAAAGUCAUCUUGACUGCUACAGAAGGUUUCAUUAAUGCACUAAAUGAUUUUGACAUCUGAUGCAUUUGGGAACCCAGCACCAGAUUCAGGUUUUUUGGGAGGGAUUUUUUUAAGGCUCUGGUCCUAGAUCAGUACAAUAGGACAAUUUAACCAGAGCUGCAAAUUCUGUGGCUUCAGUCCAUAAAAAUCUAAAAUGCACCCAUUUUCAUUACUUAGCCACACUAAUCUAAUGGCACUUAGGAGAGGAUAAAAAGUUAAUUGUCACCAUAUUUUAUUUUCUAAUAUAUUUACAAGUAAAACACUACUAAACAAGGGCUUGUGGAAGUGGCAAAAUCACAAGGAUGGUUACUUUAAAAUGGUUGUAGGAUACCAGAGACAAGAUAAAAGGUCUCAAUAAAAAAAGAGAAGC